CUUGCCACCACCUGUUCACUUCUCACUCCUCACCAUACUACUCGCAGACAAGUACAUCACACCCCACGUCCACAGAUAAAAGAAAGAGUACCGAAACCAAAUCUGAUCAAGUCCAACACGAUGUCAGGCGAAUCUUCUGCUCCAAGUUCCGGUCAGGGUACACCAUUACCUUCACCAAACAUCACCCCUUUGCACGAUCCGAAGAGAGAAGCAAAGGUAAUGCAAUUACAUAAACCUUUAGGUGCUGUGAAUCCAAACCCAGUGGUUCCCGGUCAAACGACAGAACCAACUUUACAUGGUGGUGUAGUGGGAUUAGGACAAAAAGCUUUAUUAGCGAAAAAGUUUGCUAAAGCCAAUAAAUCUACCAUCUCACCCACCGACGCUUUACAAUCACCUAUCACAGCCAAAUUGGCAGGUGCUAAACAACGUCAUUUCGCAAAGGGUAAACCAGCGGGCUUGACAAGUGCUUUGACCGCUAUGCGAGAUAUCACCUCUGCUCCUAAAUGAACGUUACUUUUUUACUUGUGUCUUGAAUCUGGUGUUUUGAUCCAAAAGGCAGUGCCUUGAAAUAUUUUUAUCCUGUAUACCCCUCUAUCUAUGCAUGUACCCUAUUUCUCUUUC